AUGCCCAUUGAUGUCUUCGAAAAGCAUAUGCUUAGCUCUUACAUCGCCGCCCCAGCUUUCAUCAUCUGCAACGGUCUCACUAAAAGCUCGCUCCUGACUUUCUACCUUCAAGUCUCCCCACAGAAAUGGUUCAGAAGAUCCAUCUUCGUGACUAUCGCUUUCGUUGUCCUAUACACUAUCAUUAUUGCCAGUCUGCUGCUGUUUGGAUGUCAGCCAAGAGAGACAGCAUGGGACCCUUACUUGUUCGCUAGCGGAAAGUGCAUUGACUAUGCUGUUAUGUACAUCAUCAUCGCCGUCGCCAAUAUCAUCUCGGACAUCGUUCUCUUCGCCAUUCCUAUGCCGAUGAUUGUCCGGUUGAAGAUGCAGCUGGGGCAGAAAAUUGGCUUGGGUAUUAUGCUCGGCAUUGCUACCAUAACUGUCACGACAUCUAUCAUUCGCAUGAUCUAUCUGCCCUCACUCUUAGGAGCAUUAGAUGUCCCAUGGAUCGCGGCACCAGCAAACGUCUGGUCGUUCGUCGAAGUCAACCUCUUCAUUAUAUGCGGCAGCAUGCCGACCUUCCGUAAGUUUUUCAAGCGCUUUGCACCGAAAUGGAUGGGCUCUUCAAGCGACUCAGGAAGUUCGGAGCUACCUUCCAACGAUUCGCUGCACAAAGUACAGAGGAAGAAGCACACAGGCUACAGCCAGUUCGAUACAUGCGGUUCUUUGGAGCUCGCGGCUUAUCCUGACACCGUGAGUCGAACGACGCAAAUUACCACUGGAAGUAUUUGGAGCGGAGUGAUGGGGAGCACACUGGAUAAUGCAAGUGAGGAAGCGAUAUUGCAGCCAACAAAGAUUGUGUGCACAAAGACAUACAAUGUGUCACAUAGCGAAUAA